GUUGAGUUGUUCGUGGUAAGUUAUUAACAGUGUUCAUCGCCUCAGUUGUAAACAUUAAGUCGACCAAAAUGUGUUAAUUAAAAUACAAACUUGGAUGAUUUAAUACUUCACUAGGUCACUGUACUUUAGACAACAUGGGAGGAGAUGAUGAUGUUGUGCCCAUGUUAGUGAGAGAAGAGGAGGAGGAGGAGGAAGACCAAGUACCUCACCUGGUAGAAGUGAAGGAACUACCUCGCGUCCCUGUUACCAUCCUCACUGGCUACCUCGGGGCUGGAAAGACAACUCUUCUUAACUACAUCCUGACUCAACAACAUAACAAGAAGAUUGCUGUUAUACUGAAUGAGUUUGGUGAAGGAAGUUCAAUGGAAAAGAGCCUUAACAUAGGCCAAGACGGCGAUCUGUUUGAAGAGUGGCUGGAACUACGCAACGGGUGCCUCUGUUGUUCAGUCAAAGACAAUGGGGUAAAGGCUGGAGAAAACCUCAUGCAGAGGAUUGACUACAUUCUCCUGGAGACGACAGGCUUAGCUGACCCAGGACCUAUUGCUGCUCUCUUCUGGAUGGAUAAACAGCUGGAGAGUGAAAUAUACUUAGACGGCAUCAUCACUGUCCUCGAGCAUAAAAUAUGCUGACAAAGUUUGUUUUUCU